CGCGCAAUGCUGGGGAUAUCGCGCAAGCGUGCGGGCUGAAUUGCACUGUAAUCCUUGCACAUAAAAAAAGAAGAAAAGAAGAAAAAAUAACAUAAAUCCCGCUAAUCAAUUCGUGUGUUUUGAAAAUGGAACACGUUCGGAUUUUUUGACCAAAAUGCGAAUUUAUUGCCAGACAUGUGAUGAUGAAAUUAUUACAAUUGUAAGUGGUGUGUAUUGACUUUUCGUGUUUUGUUUAGUGAUAUCGUGAUAAGGGUGAUGCCAAGUGGAUAUGGGUGUGAUAAUGAUAACUGUUGGGAUUGGAUUACUGGAUGCACUGGAUAUUUCGAUGAGGCAAAAUGGAUUUCAUGCGAAAACGGCGGCCUUCCACAGCUGUUAAAAGAAAGACAAACGAAAAAACAUAAAAGGAAAUGGAGUUGCCCACAAAUGUGCACAGACAUUUCAAAUUAAAAAGUCGAUAUAGUGCAUGAACAUUACGGGUAUAAUAAAUGUUAGAUAAAAUGGUAGAAGUGAUAAGUGAAAGGUGAAGUGUUAGUGAAGUGAAGAUGGAUCAGUAGGAGCAGCUGUGAUGGGGUGUGGACAGAGUAAAAUUAACCUCUAUCCAAGGAAAAAUAAAAAUGGCGGGAAAGGCCAUAGUGCCAAAAAGUCAGGCGCGGUGGACAAGGACGCUGAUGAAGAAGAAGGCACGGCGGGGGCCGCGCCCGCUGACGACACGGAAGACGAGGAACAUAAUAAGCACACACUGCCGCUCGCUGCGCACCCACCAGCUAUUGAGGUGUCAGCCAGUCAGCAAGAUUUUUUCAAAAUGCUCGACGAUAAAAUAGAAAAGGGAAAAGACUAUGAUUCAUCCAGCGAGACCGAAGUACGGCUAGAGCACGAGCGAAGGCGGGUCCUAAUAGACCAAUGGCGGUCUGCCUCCCAGUCGUCGCAGUCUUUCCAGUCCCAACCCAGUCCUCCGACGCCCGCCAGACGGCGCGUGCCUCGGCCUCCAGAGAGACAGAGCAGUCCCAACACUGCCCGAAGGUGCUACAGGCAAGCACAUGUCCCCGACGGCAUGUCUCCUCCCCCGAGGAGAGCGCACAGCGCACAGUCCCACCACGCCGACCCGCGACAAAUCAACGGCGACAACUGGCAGGAUCCGUCCAAAUCACAAUCACCAGUCAAAAGACCACAAAGUGCCGGUGCUAGUUGGAAAAACAACCCCAAAGUUGCUCCAUACAAUCAAAAACCUAAGAAAAACGAAGUCAACGAACAGCAGAGAGCUAACCAAAAAGAUGAUGGAUCUAGUCAAGAAGUAUCUCAAAUAACCUUCAAUCCAACAUUCCAAAGUCAUAGUCCCGCACACUCCGCUAAAUCGCAGCAACCGUAUAUCGCACAAAUAAUUAGCUAUCCCAUGUCCCAGCAGGUGACUCCUCCUUCCCCUCCCAAAUAUAUAGCACCUCCAGAGGAAUAUCAAGAUCCUCAAAAUAACGUAGUAGAUAACAAAUUUAAUAAUACUCAACGGCAAACGCCUGUAACACAAGGCAACUCGCAGUCUCAUAUAUAUUACAUUCACGGAAAUGCGACGUCAAGCGUCACACACACAGAUCUGGCACAGCAAAGACAGCAAACGGCAAUACAUUUGCAGCAAUACGUAGCUAUGAAACAAGCUCAACAGCAGAUGUUUAGUUACAUGCAAAGAGGGCCACAUACAGUAUUUCCAAAUGUAGAAUACGUUCAAGCCCCGAAUCCGAAUCGAAUGUAUGAAGGAGAAGAAUUUGUUUCUCAGUAUCCUCAUCCAGCAAUGAGGCCACACAGCGCUCCUACGCCAGUUGGAGUGGUGAGACCGAUGCCUGUAGCUCCUGGUUUCAACAUACCUGAUGGGUCUCAUAUGGUACAGAUGCCGAUGUGGCCGCACAUGACUCCAGUGGUGUCCACGAUGGGUCCAUGGGUCCCGGGACAGAUGCCGCCGGAGAUGCAGUACUAUCCUCAGUCGCAGUUUAUGCCAAUGUACAGGCCGAACUCGGCGGGUUCAGCGGGGACUCUGACGAGGUAUCACAAAAAAGAUAGUGAUGGGGAGGGGAAGAAUAAUUUGUGCCAAAGCAUAAAUCUAGUCAGGCAGAAGCCGAUCGGACAGAUCGUGUCGUUGCCAGGGCAGGAGCUGACGGUGUGCAAUAACGCGAGCGACAGUCCGAGCCCUGCGUCUGUUAGCACAGACAGCGGUGUCUCUCCCGGGAAUAGUGUUCCCAGCUCCAAAAACUCCGGCUUCAGCACCCCCUCUAGUGGCUCCGACACUUACGCUUUAGAUAAUAAAAACAAAAAAAAUAAAACAGUCCCUUUCAACACGAGAUCUUUAAAAAAUUCGAAGAGUUUAGAUUCUUAGUAAGAUUUGUAAUUAUGUAGAUUUUCUAAAUGUAUGUAGCGUCUAGUCAGCGAUACUAUUUAUAGUGAAAUUAGAUUCCUAUAUUUGUGGAUUUAUUCGUACAUUUUUUUAAGAAUCGGUGUUACAGCUCUUAUCAAUGUAGUUUUAAUUAUUGUAAUAUUUGAAAUCGAUAUUACUGUUUUAUUAAUUUGUUCCUAAUACUUCGUGUUUAUGCUAUUUCAAUGCUCGAAAAGGCAUGAGCAUACAAAACCUCCAAUGGAAGUAUAUAUAGUUACGAUUAUAAAUACCUUAUGUAAAGCGGCUACUGUCUUUAUAUGAGGUUCGUAAUAAAACAACAAAUAGAAACAGCAAAAUCUACCAGCAUAUUACUUGAGCAGAUCAAUAUGGACUUGUAAACUUAAGAAAGCUGUGUGUAAAUUUUAUAAAACAUAAUUGAAUUUCAAUGUUGACACUGUCCCAAAUUUUUGUUUAGAAAAAUGGCCAAUGUUGUUAUAAUUUUUGUAUUACUGAAUUAAAACUUAUAGAAACUGUCUAAAUGUAUGUAUUUAUAUAAAGACAUGUAAUUGUACUUUAAAGUACAGAUGAUGCAUUUUAAAUAUCCAUUAAUAAAUAAAUAUACCUUGCUUA